AUGCAGUCCGAUACCGAGUUCGCGCUAUUCGAUUCCGAUUCCUAUUCCGAAUACUACAAUUGGCGUCGCGGCAUGGAGUUGCGCACUAUCGAAUCCCUGAAUCUACAUUCACAUCCGUCUGAGAUUGAAGAAUGGAGCAAAAGUGAUGGAGUCAUGGAGGCUUUGGAACAGACCGAUGAAAUCGAUGACAGCGAAUCGGUGUGUUCGACCGAGGUACUGCUCACAUUUUUGAGUCGUGUGUUUGGUACGCACAGUAGCAGAAUGGGUGUGCGUGGUCUAAGCGCGUACAUUUCACAGGAUCCGAACAGUUUUGUCAAGUAUGAGUUACAUAAUACCUAUCUGGUAUUCGAUGCGGAGAACUACGUCUAUCAUUGUUAUCGGAAUUCCGGUCUGGCUCGACAAUUUGGUGGCGAGUACAUGGAUUUUGCUGUUUACGUGCGAAUGUUCCUGAAACAGUUGCGUCGAUGUCGAAUCACACCCAUAUUUAUAUUUGACGGAUGUCAUGGGAAACAAGGUCUGAAGUUGAACACAUUGCUGAAGCGAAGUCGUGAGCGCAUCGUCGAUUUGCGGAACUCUAUUCAACGCUCUCAGCAAAUUUCAGACGCAGAUGAUCUCGCUUUAAUCACGGAAAUCGCACCUAAACUGAUGAUUGCAGUGUUUUUGGAUGUGCUUCGUGAGACCGGUGCCCUGUACACUUCAUGCGAACGUGAAGCCGAUGUACAUGUGGCUGAAUUAGCCUGCUUUUUGCAUUGUCCUGUAGUCAGCAAUGAUUCAGACUUCUAUAUUUUUCGACCAAACUGUUCAUCUUCUGACCCAUCUUCGUCUGGUGCAUCUUCUUAUCCGUAUCAAUUGAUUUCUUUGGUUUCACUCGGUCAACCUCAUCGACUAAGUGGUCCUGGUUGUGGUCGCUGUUCUUCGUCGUCGGGUUGCUACGCCCUUCCCUGUUCCAUGUUCCGUCCCACAGACUGUCCACUUGGGAAAAUUUAUCCGCCACUCUUACCUGUUUUAGCCACAUUGAUUGGGAACGACUUCAUCUCAGCCGUCCAAGUCCCGCCUGUCGUGAGUCAGCUUAUUUCGGAUCCGAAGCGCUCCACCCGAUUUCCCACUUACGCUAGAAAACGAAUCGAUGCCUUGGUUGAGUGGUUAGCUAGGUUUGGACAAGACACUAUCGGUCCGAUACGAGCUAUUCUUGAUUUGUAUUCCCCCAUUGAGCGUGAAUCCAUCGCGCGUCAUAUGCGCGAGACCACCCUAGACUAUGUAGUUCAGCCGUGGGAAACUGGUCGUGAACUGGCGAGUCGGCUUCGUCUGUCCCAAAGUUCGACUGACCACUGCUCGUCACCAGUUAUAAACUGCAGUGGCAGUCCCGCACCAUCACCAGUAUCAGUCCAGACAUUUCAUUCCACUCCUCAGACGUUGAAUAAGAGGUCUGAGAUUGCACUCAAUUCAGCGCGUUCCGCCUGCGACCUAUUGAAUUCCAAACUGCCGCAGCUAGUCGAUCUGAUUGAAAAUGUGUUACCCAAACCGGGGAGAAAGAUUUUGUCAGCUAUACAUCGUGUUGAGGAUGAAAAAAUAUCACACGGUUGGCCAGAUGCAUUGAUCGAGAUGCUGCAAAAGUGUGAUCUGCCUGCUUCUGUUAUGAACACAUUGUACGUGCGUACUGGUAGUGUCCAAAAUAUUAUGUUUGAGGACAUGCUAGGACAAUCUGAGUCAAUCUAUCACGUGCUCAAUCCACUACGCCUGUUGUUUUAUAAUUUGCUUUUCGGGUUAGAACUUCAUUGUCAUACCACCCAAAAACUGUGCAGUGUUCAAAAUAAAUUGGUUGUUGAAUAUCGACGACAUGGUGAUGAAAUGCUACCACGCUCAUUUUCGCUGUCAGUUCUCACUGUUCCCCAUUGUGAUGAUGUUCAUUCCAUUCGCAGUCAGUCGAUUGGUUUCCUGUUGACAGAGUUAGUUGUGCAUCAGAUUAAUGAAUUGCAGUUGCUCAUGUUGGAGAUGAAACAUCUGGUCAAUCUUGUCGAAGGUCUCAUGAGAAACAAUCAUACCGCUGCUGGCCUCGGCCGAGGCGAUGCAUCAUCAUCCUCAUCAUCAGUGUCUAUGCCCCCGAUUGGCUGGUCCAACUGGAUCCAUUUUCCCAGUUGUCGAUUAAUCUACUGGUUUGUUUCUUGUCUGCAAGAAAUGCGCCCGCACUCCCGAUUCCAUAAUGCUGUGGAUGUUUGGUUACCUCGUGUUAAUCAAGCAUUCCGGUCUUCGGGGACCGCCGUUGAUUUGAACGAGUUAAAACGAGCAAUAUGUUCGAUUUUCCAAUCGGUUAGUUCACCAGCUCGACUUACGCGCUGA